UAUUCAGUUACACGUUUGUCGCGGCCCGGCGAGGGUUACGGCAGAAUCUCAGUCUGCGUAGGAAAACCGAGCAUCCCCCAGCGGCCACAUGCAUCCACGACGAUGAUGCCGAACCACAAUUACGACCAAAGCGGGCUCGGUCUGAAAAUGAGCCCCGGCAGCCACCAGUGUGUGCCAGGGGCCGAGUCGGAGGGCCAACAGCUCGCCGGCGGCCAGCAGUUCGCGACGGCCUCGCCGGCCCUGGCCACCAUGGCCAACAGCUACCACCCGCACCCGCACUCGUACGCUACCCACCUGAUUCGACGGGAGCACCAUGCCAUGCACCACCACCACCACUCGCCGCACCACCAGGCCAUCUUCCCGGCGGCGCCGGAGCCGUUUUUCGGCGCCGCGGCCGGCCAGCCGUACGGCCGUGGACACGAGCAGUACCCCGCGAUGCAGUUCCAGUACCACAUGGGACACCACCAGAAUCCGCACCACCAACAGGGUGCCUUCUACAGGUACACUAAGCAGCCACCCCCGAUGAAGCAGCAGCAAUCCUGCAUGUGGGUCGAGAACGAGUCGUUGCAGCGCAAGAUGUGCGGACGAGUGUUUUCCUCCAUGCACGAGAUCGUCUCGCACAUCUCGGUGGACCACGUCGGCGGACCCGAGUUCACCACCCACGCGUGCUUCUGGCAGGGCUGCAGCCGCAGCGGCCGGCCCUUCAAGGCCAAGUACAAGCUGGUCAACCACAUCCGCGUGCACACCGGCGAGAAACCCUUCCCGUGCCCAUUCAACGGCUGUGGAAAAGUGUUCGCGCGCAGUGAAAACCUCAAGAUCCACAAACGGACCCAUACAGGAGAGAAGCCGUUCAAGUGCGAGCACGAAGGCUGCGACCGGCGGUUCGCCAACAGCUCGGACAGGAAAAAGCACUCGCACGUCCAUACGUCCGACAAGCCGUACAACUGCAAGGUCCGCGGCUGCGACAAAUCCUACACACAUCCUAGCUCUUUGAGAAAACAUAUGAAGGUCCACGGUAAAAGCCCUCCGCCAGGCCUCAGCGCGGGCAGCAACUACGACUCGGACGACUCCAGCUCCAGCUCGUGCGGCCACAGCGCGGCCACCCCUCACUCGCCGGGCCACAACGGUCCCUCAACCCCGGCCAGCGGCGCAUCGGUGCCCUCCUCAAUCUCAAUCAACAACAACACUACCCACAGCUCGCACACCAAUCCGCACAAUACGAACAUUACAGAAUGGUACGUAUGUCAUGCGGCAGGCGGGAUGCCGACGCCUCCAUCGGCAGAGCACUCGCCGAUCAGCAUGCACCACCCGGUGCACCCACACCACCACCAUCACCACCAGUUCCACCACCUGCACCACCACCACCACCAGGCAGCGGCGGCGGCCGCGGCCGCGGCGGCCGCCUACUGACCCUCGGCUGGUCCGACCGCGCCGCCCCCGGCCCUCCACACGUACAGGGGCGGCCACGACGGCGACUGGCUCUGACGGGCGCCGGCGGCCGGGCCACCGGGUGCCCUCCGAAAAAGUGCAAACGCAAACAGACUGUUAACCAUACAGAGUUGAUCUGCAGCGAACGGCUGGACACUUUCAGUGCCCGAGCGCGUGUCUUUCAUGUUAUUGUAGUACUGUACCUCCUGAUGAAAGCUGUCCCACCCACACUCGGACUCAGAUUCGAAUUUCGUUUGAAGCGCAGCCGUACAUUGUGAUUGCUGUGUAUAAGUGCUUUCCAUCGGCUGAAACAAUAAGGUAGGUGGAUGGGUCAUUCUAGAUGUUUCAGAGUGUCUGUUUCAAGACGGAAGUACAAAUUCUUUCCAAUAAUGUGUUUUUAUGCAAGUAAGUUUCAACAUGCCAAUUUGCACACCUCUUGCGAAGAAAUUGAUAUAUUAUGUCAAAAUAAAAUUAAUUUCGAAUGUUUUCUUUUAACUUAUGUUAUUUGAAUAUCAAAACCCUAGUAUUUAGUCUUUGGAAUAAAGAUGCGAAAAUAUAGAUCAACUUAAACUUUAGAUUUAUUCUUUUGUAUUUUAAAUAUAAAAAAGGAGCACUGCCUUCUACACUGAAAUAUGGCACGGACCGACAAAAAAACGGGUACAUCCGAAUUUUCCUCUGUGAAUAAAUCCUCGAGCGUGAACUUCAAUAAAAUAAAAUAAUAAAUAGAUAAACUAUACGAGAACUCUUUGCCUAAUUUUUUUCUUCGGUUAACGGAUUUUUAAUUUAUUUGCAUUAUACUUUUUGUUGAGCAGCAGUUGCUGUCUUUAUAGGUUUCUCGGGAUUUUUCUUCCAUUUUUGUAUUCGUGUCAAAAGAAAAAUUGCUUUGGAAAAAGGAUGUAAUUUCAGGCUUCCGCAUUUUUGAAAGGGGACGUUAUUUCCCAGGGAGAGCGAGUAAUAAUCUCUUGUAAAAAUUAAGUGACAAAAAAUAAAUAAGUACACUCAAUUGUUUUCAACAGCGUACACUAUAUAGAAAUACCCUGUUGCUAAUAACGAGGCGUUGAUUUUAAUUUCGCCUAUAGAUAAAGCACUGCUAAUGAGGGGUGAGUAGGCGAAACCGUGUGAUAACGUGCGCGUGCGUUUAUCAUUGUUCACAUUUAUCCAUUAAUUUCUUUAUUUUUACUAUUUUUUGAUUAUUUCAUCGUUUCACCUCUUUCAAGAUGGGCGCGAAAAACUAGCGAAAACUCCGUGUCCCAAUAACAUAUCGCAAACGAAUAACAUAGGCGCACGGGCCUCAUUGGAGGAAGCCCAGUCCAAAUAAGUGCCAGCUCGUGUUACUGCCCCCGCACCAGGGUCUUUUUUUAUCGAAACGCUAGAAAUGAUUUGAUUGAAGGUCGCACUCGAGGAUUUCGUAUGCUGCAGUUGACAGGCGAAACUAGUAGGCUUCACUUUUUCAACGAUGAGUGUCCGAAUUUUUCUUCCAAUGAUUUCGUGAACCUUAAAAGCACGGUCUCAACCAGUAUAUAUGUUUCGGAAUAUUGUGUUCUCUCAUCUCUGAUACAACCCCUUAACUAUAAUGUGAAACAAACUUACUUCAGGCAAAUUUAGGUUGUCAAUUCUUUUUUUAAGUUAAUAACACUAUUCAUGCUUUGUGCAAAAUAUACUCUAACAAGCCACUUGACUUCACGUAAAAAAAUGAUACCAAUUUGCCGUGGUAAAUAUUUCCUAAUGGUCUCAAAAUAUUUUUAUUGUUCCCGUGAAAAGGUUUCCAGUCUCUAGAAACGUAGCUUUGAAAGUUCAUAGGAACCGAUGGAAUUAUGUCAAAAGAGUUUGAUUGUUUCAUUUAUAAAUUUAGUACAAUCUAUUAAAUAUAAUUUGAUUUGUCCGAUCGAUAAAAUGGAAUAUAAAAUUAUUGUUUUGAACCCACGAAAUUAAUUAAUGUUUAUUAGAUUUAUCAUUAUUUUAUUUGCCUUGAGAAUGGAAAUGAGUUUACUUCAACACUUUCUGUUUGUUUAAAAUUUAAUCCUUUCUGAUUAUUUUUUCAACUGGUUCUCAUUGCGUGCAAAAAGAGUCUUCAUUGGAACUUUCACGCCUGAAAAGCCAUAUGAAAUUCUAGGCAGUGAAAGACUUAUUUAGGUGCAAAUUGGCAUGUUAUUUCAGAUUUCAGAGCCAAUUUUUACUUCCGCUUGAUGGACUUGCUCUCAUUUCAGACUGACUUGUCCACAACAUGAACAAAAGCAUUCACAAAGUACAAUUUACGCUUGAAUUGUUACGUGUCGAAUGACACACUUGUUUUGCAUGUAUUAAUUUUGAAUGAGAUUUUUUCGUUCAUGCAGCAUAAAACUAUAGAAAAAUAUGAAAGCACCUUAAAAAAUUAAAUUAUAAUUCACUCUGGAGACACAAAAUUGUAAGAGACGACAUUCUGAUUUCAGCUUUACAAAAAUGUGCUAUAAUUGUAGUGUCGGAGUUGGAGUGCGUGUCUUUCAUAUUGGCGUUUUCCUUUUGCAUACAUUUGUAAAUUAAAAGAUAUGUAAAUACUUGUGAAUUUGGUAAGUCAUCAUGCUUUUAUGAAAAUAAAACUGACUCAGUUAGAUUUAUCGCACGAAA